GCUUUAGCCAUGGGAUUUACAACACAGCUGGUGUAUUAGCAGUACAGGACAUUCAACUCCACCAUCCAUACCUGAAGCCGUCAAGGGUAAUGGAUACCAAGAUGUGGAGAACAACACUGAUGACCACAACUUUUAUAUUAAUAGCUCAGUUAAUAACGACAGCUGAUGCUUCAAGCCCCACAGACGUAACUGAGGGCAUCACACCAGAAUCUUACAUCAGUUUCACAAAUGAUUCUGCAACAAACACAACUGAUGGAUUUUCAUCAGAAAUAUCUAAGGAAUCAAUUACAAGAAGCACUGCUGAAUCUAUAACCAGUUUAGCAGAUGAAUCGACCAAUGAUGGCAUUUCAGAGAAGCAAGAAUUCUCCACAUCUUCCUUAGACGACUCUGAACUGUCAACACUAGAGGGGUCUUUUAUGUCAAGUAUAACAGGAAAACCAGAUACUGCAAUUACAGCAGAAGAAACAACUGAUCAACAGACUACUGAUGAGGAACUAAAAUUAACAACAGAACUAACAACUGAUUUGACAGAAAAAACAGAAAUGCCAACUGGAGGACUGGUUGAUCAAUUGACAACAGAAGUCACUGGAGAAACACCUACACCUGAGGAACUAGAAAUGUCAACAGCGUUUACAUCAGAAUUUACUAUCAGCAUUGCAGAUACACUAACAGAUUUUACGACAGAUUUAACAGAGGAAACCGAUUUGCCAACUGUUGGAGUAACUGAUCAAUUGACUACAGAGUUCAAUGGAGAAUCAACUAUUCCUCAAGAAAUGGAAUUGACAACAGCAUUUACAUCAGAAGUAUCUAGCAGUUUCACAGAUUUACCAACACAACUUACAACAGAUUUGACAGAGGAAACUGAAAUGUCAACUGCUGGAGUGACCGAUCAACUGACGACAGAGGUCACUGAAGUAUCUUCUACUCCUGAAGAAGAUCUAACAACAGCAUUUACAUCAGAAGUAUCUAACAGUUUCACAGAAAUACCAACACAACUUACAACAGAUUUGACAGAGGAAACUGAAAUUUCAACAGCUGGAGUGACCGAUCAACUGACGACAGAGGUCACUGAAGUAUCUUCUACUCCUGAAGAAUAUCUAACAACAGCAUUUACAUCAGAAGUAUCAAGCAGUUUCACAGAAAUACCAAAACAACUUACAACAGAUUUGACAGAGGAAACUGAAAUGUCAACUGCUGGAGUGACUGAUCAACUGACAACAGAUUUGACAGAGGAAACUGAAAUGUCAACUGCUGGAGUGACCGAUCAACUGACGACAGAGGUCACUGAAGUAUCUUCUACUCCUGAAGAAGAUCUAACAACAGCAUUUACAUCAGAAGUAUCUACCAGUUUCACAGAUAUACCAACACAACUUACAACAGAUUUGACAGAGGAAACUGAAAUGACAACAGAGGUCACUGGAGAAGUAACUACCCACGAAAUAGAAUUCACAACAGCAUUUACGUCAGAAGUAUCGACCAGUUAUACAGAUAUACCAACACCAUCUACAACUGAUUCAUCUGAAGAGUCAACAGAGGAAACUGAAAUGACAACCAUGGGUGUAACUGAUCAACUGACUACAGAGGUAACAGGAGAAUCAACCACUCCUGAAGAAGAAUUGACAACAAAAUUUACAUCAGAAGUUUCUACCAGUUUCACCGAAUUACCAACACCAUCUACAACUGAUUCAUCUGAAGAGUCAACAGAGGAAACUGAAAUGACUACCAUUGGUGUAACUGAUCAACUGACUACAGAGGUAACAGGAGAAUCAACCACUCCUGAAGAAGAAAUGACAACAGAAUUUACAUCAGAAGUUUCUACCAGUUUCACCGAAUUACCAACACCAGCUACAACUGAUUCAUCUGAAGAGUCAACAGAGGAAACUGAAAUGACUACCAUUGGUGUAACUGAUCAACUGACUACAGAGGUAACAGGAGAAUUAACCACUCCUGAAGAAGAAUUGACAACAGCAUUUACAUCAGAAGUUUCUACCAGUUUCACCGAAUUACCAACACCAUCUACAACUGAUUCAUCUGAAGAGUCAACAGAGGAAACUGAAAUGACAACCAUUGGUGUAACUGAUCAACUGACUACAGAUGUAACAGGAGAAUUAACUACACCUGAAGAAGAAUUGACAACAGCAUUUACAACAGAAGUUUCUACCAGUUUCACAGAAUUACCAACACCAUCUACAACUGAUUCAUCUGAAGAGUCAACAGAGGAAACUGAAAUGACAACCAUGGGUGUAACUGAUCAACUGACUACAGAGGUAACAGGAGAAUCAACCACUCCUGAAGAAGAAUUGACAACAGAAUUUACAUCAGAAGUUUCUACCAGUUUCACCGAAUUACCAACACCAUCUACAACUGAUUCAUCUGAAGAGUCAACAGAGGAAACUGAAAUGACAACCAUUGGUGUAACUGAUCAACUGACUACAGAGGUAACAGGAGAAUCAACCACUCCUGAAGAAGAAUUGACAACAGAAUUUACAUCAGAAGUUUCUACCAGUUUCACCGAAUUACCAACACCAUCUACAACUGAUUCAUCUGAAGAGUCAACAGAGGAAACUGAAAUGACUACCAUUGGUGUAACUGAUCAACUGACUACAGAGGUAACAGGAGAAUUAACCACUCCUGAAAAAGAAUUGACAACAGCAUUUACAUCAGAGGUUUCUACCAGUUUCACCGAAUUACCAACACCAUCUACAACUGAUUCAUCUGAAGAGUCAACAGAGGAAACUGAAAUGACAACCAUUGGUGUAACUGAUCAACUGACUACAGAUGUAACAGGAGAAUUAACUACACCUGAAGAAGAAUUGACAACAGCAUUUACAUCAGAAGUUUCUACCAGUUUCACAGAAUUACCAACACCAUCUACAACUGAUUCAUCUGAAGAGUCAACAGAGGAAACUGAAAUGACAACCAUGGGUGUAACUGAUCAACUGACUACAGAGGUAACAGGAGAAUCAACCACUCCUGAAGAAGAAUUGACAACAGAAUUUACAUCAGAAGUUUCUACCAGUUUCACCGAAUUACCAACACCAUCUACAACUGAUUCAUCUGAAGAGUCAACAGAGGAAACUGAAAUGACUACCAUUGGUGUAACUGAUCAACUGACUACAGAGGUAACAGGAGAAUUAACCACUCCUGAAAAAGAAUUGACAACAGCAUUUACAUCAGAAGUUUCUACCAGUUUCACCGAAUUACCAACACCAUCUACAACUGAUUCAUCUGAAGAGUCAACAGAGGAAACUGAAAUGACAACCAUUGGUGUAACUGAUCAACUGACUACAGAUGUAACAGGAGAAUUAACUACACCUGAAGAAGAAUUGACAACAGCAUUUACAACAGAAGUUUCUACCAGUUUCACAGAAUUACCAACACCAUCUACAACUGAUUCAUCUGAAGAGUCAACAGAGGAAACUGAAAUGACAACCAUUGGUGUAACUGAUCAACUGACUACAGAGGUAACAGGAGAAUCAACCACUCCUGAAGAAGAAUUGACAACAAAAUUUACAUCAGAAGUUUCUACCAGUUUCACCGAAUUACCAACACCAUCUACAACUGAUUCAUCUGAAGAGUCAACAGAGGAAACUGAAAUGACUACCAUUGGUGUAACUGAUCAACUGACUACAGAGGUAACAGGAGAAUCAACCACUCCUGAAGAAGAAAUGACAACAGAAUUUACAUCAGAAGUUUCUACCAGUUUCACCGAAUUACCAACACCAUCUACAACUGAUUUAUCUGAAAAGUCAACAGAGGAAACUGAAAUGACAACCAUUGGUGUAACUGAUCAACUGACUACAGAGGUAACAGGAGAAUCAACCACUCCUGAAGAAGAAUUGACAACAGAAUUUACAUCAGAAGUUUCUACCAGUUUCACCGAAUUACCAACACCAUCUACAACUGUAUCAUCUGAAGAGUCAGAGGAAACUGAAAUGACUACCAUUGGUGUAACUGAUCAACUGACUACAGAGGUAACAGGAGAAUCAACCACUCCUGAAGAAGAAUUGACAACAGAAUUUACAUCAGAAGUUUCUACCAGUUUCACCGAAUUACCAACACCAUCUACAACUGAUUUAUCUGAAAAGUCAACAGAGGAAACUGAAAUGACAACCAUUGGUGUAACUGAUCAACUGACUACAGAUGUAACAGGAGAAUUAACUACACCUGAAGAAGAAUUGACAACAGCAUUUACAUCAGAAAUUUCUACCAGUUUCACAGAAUUACAAACACCAUCUACAACUGAUUCAUCUAAAGAGUCAACAGAGGAAACUGAAAUGACUACCAUUGGUGUAACCGAUCAACUGACUACAGAGGUAACAGGAGAAUCAACCACUCCAGAAGAACUAGAAUUGACAACAGCAUUUACAUCAGGGGUAUCUACCAGUUUCACAGAAACACCAACACCAUCUACAACAGAUUUGACAGAGGAAACUGAAAUGUCAACAGUUAGAGUGACCAAUCAACUGACGACUAGAGAAUUAACUACUUCUGAGGAACUAGACUUGACAACAGCAUUUACAUCAGAAAUAUCUACCACUGUUACGGAAAUACCAACUCCAUUUACAACAGAUUUAUCAGAAGAAACAGAAAUUCCAACUGAAGGUGUCACUGAUCAACUGACUACAGAGGUCACCAGACAGUCAACUACUCCUAAGGAACUAAACUUGACAACAGCAUUUACAUCACAAGGAUCAACCGGUGUUACAGAAAUAUCAACUCCAUUUAUAACAGACUUAACAGAGGAAACUGAAAUGCCUACUGGAGUAGUAACAGAUCAAUCAACUACAGAGGUUAAUGGACAAUCAACUUCUCCCCAGGCACUCAAACUGACAACAGUAUUUACAUCAGAGGUAUCAAACAGUUUUACAACACCAACCUCAUUUACGGCAGAUUCAACAGAGGAAACAGAAAUGACAACUAUUGGAACGACUGAGCAAUCAACCACAGAAUUCAGUGGAAAAUCAUCAACUUCUGAGGAACUAGAAUUGACAACAGCAUUUACAUCAAAAGUACCUACCACUGUUACUGAAAUGCCUACACAAUAUAUAACUGAUUUAUGGGAUGAAUCUGAAUUGACAACAACAGGAGUUACAGAUCAGUCAACUACAACAUUUAAAACUGAUUUAUCCAGUAUAAAUCCCUCAACAACACUGCUUACAACUAUAGUACCCGUCAUGUUUACCUGUGAUGAGACAUUUGAUCCUGCACUGCUGAAUGCUUCUUCACCUCAGUAUACAAAUCGAGAACAAAAAGUCAUGCAUGAAUUUGAGCCGAUCCUAACAAAAAAAUUUAUUGCCUUCCGCUGGCUGAAAGUUCUUCGGUUCCUUUCUGGUUCAGUCGUCACAUUUGUGAAUUUAGAAUUCACUGUGAACAAUUUGCCCACUGACGAUGAGAUCAGAGCUGUUUUCAUCAAUGCAAACACCUCAUUUAAUAUCACCAGUGUACAAGUCAGGCCAGAUGAAAAUGCUACUACAAGUGAAACCCAGUCAACGAUGACCACAUCACAACUUCCAACAGAUACAACACAGUCAACAUUCUCAACAAGUGCUCAGUCUACAAAUACACCUCAGUCUGUAACUACUUCACAACCAAUACAAACCGAAACCCAAAGUACAAGUGAAACCCAAACUACAACGGAAGGCCAGUCAACAUCGACCACAUCACAACUUCCAACAGGUACAACCCAGUCAACCUUCUCAUCAAGUGCUCAGUCUACAAAUACACCCCAGUCAUCAACUACUUUACAACCCAUACAAACUGAAAUCCAAAGUACAAGUGAAACCCAGUCAACAAUGACCACAUCACAACUUCCAACAGAAACAACCCAGUCAACAAUCUCAACAAGUGCCCAGCCUACAAAUACACCCCAGUCUGUAACUACUUCACCAACCACACAAACUGAAACCCAAACUACAACGGAAGGUCAGUCAACAUCAACCACAUCACAACUUCCAACAGAAGCAACCCAGUCAACCUUCUCAACAAGUGCCCAGCCUACAAAUACACCCCAGUCAUUAACUACUUCACCAACCAUACAAACUGAAAUCCAAACUACAACGGAAGGCCAGUCAACAAUGACCACAUCACAACUUCCAACAGAUACAACCCAGUCAACAAUGACCACAUCACAAAUUCCAACAGAAACAACCCAGUCAGCAAUCUCAACAAGUGCCCAGCCUACAAAUACACCCCAGUCUGUAACUACUUCACAACCCAUACAAACUGAAAUCCAAAGUACAAGUGAAACCCAGUCAACAAUGACCACAUCACAACUUCCAACAGAUACAACCCAGUCCACAUUCUCAACAAGUGCCCAGCCAACAACUACACCCCAGUCUGUAACUACUUCACAACCCAUACAAACUGAAACCCAAACUACAACGGAAGGUCAGUCAACAUCGACCACAUCACAACUUCCAACAGAUACAACCCAGUCAACAAUGACCACAUCACAACUUUCAACAGAAACAACCCAGUCAACAAUCUCAACAAGUGCUCAGUCUACAAAUACACCUCAGUCUGUAACUACUUCACAACCAAUACAAACUGAAACCCAAACUACAACGGAAGGUCAGUCAACAUCGACCACAGCACAACUUCCAACAGAAACAACCCAGUCAACAAUGACCACAUCACAACUUCCAACAGAAACAACCCAGUCAACAAUAACCACAUCACAAAUUCCAACAGAAACAACCCAGUCUACAAUGACCACAUCACAACUUCCAACAGAAACAACCCAGUCAACAAUGACCACAUCACAACUUCCAACAGAAACAACCCAGUCAACAAUGACCACAUCACACCUUCCAACAGAAACAACCCAGUCAACGAUGACCACAUCACAACUUCCAACAGAAACAACCCAGUCAACAAUGACCACAUCACAACUUCCAACAGAAACAACCCAGUCAACAAUAACCACAUCACAACUUCCAACAGAAACAACCCAGUCUACAAUGACCACAUCACAACUUCCAACAGAAACAACCCAGUCAACAAUAACCACAUCACAACUUCCAACAGAAACAACCCAGUCAACAAUGACCACAUCACAACUUCCAACAGAAACAACCCAGUCAACAAUGACCACAUCACAACUUCCAACAGAAACAACCCAUUCAACAAUGACCACAUCACAACUUCCAACAGAAACAACCCAGUCAACAAUAACCACAUCACAACUUCCAACAGAAACAACCCAGUCAACAAUAACCACAUCACAACUUCCAACAGAAACAACCCAGUCAACAAUGACCACAUCACAACUUCCAACAGAAACAACCCAGUCAACGAUGACCACAUCACAACUUCCAACAGAAACAACCCAGUCAACAAUGACCACAUCACAACUUCCAACAGAAACAACCCAGUCAACAAUGACCACAUCACAACUUCCAACAGAAACAACCCAGUCAACGAUGACCACAUCACAACUUCCAACAGAAACAACCCAGUCAACAAUGACCACAUCACAACUUCCAACAGAAACAACCCAGUCAACGAUGACCACAUCACAACUUCCAACAGAAACAACCCAGUCAACAAUAACCACAUCACAACUUCCAUCAGUUACAGCACAGUCUAUGUUCUCAACAAAUGACCAAGGUUCUACUAUCAGCACAACUACUGCCUCAAGUGAAAGUCCUAUUUUUUCACUACAGUCUACAACAGAGCCACUCACAACUGUAGUGAAACUCACUACAAGUACAGCAAGUCCUACUACACUGCUUACAACUACAGUACCUGUCAUGUUUACCUGUGAUGAAAUAUUUGAUCCUGAACUGCUGAAUUCAUUUUCAACUAAGUACAAAAAUCGAGAACAAAAAGUAAAAAAUGAAUUUGAACCGCCCUUAAGAAAAGUUUUUAUCUCCUUCCUUGGAUUGAGUGUUCGUUGGUUCCGUCCUGGUUCAGUUCUCACAUUUAUGGAUUUGGAAUUCACAGUGGACAAUCUGCCCACUGAUGUGCAAAUCAGAAUUGCUAUCUUCAAUGCAAGCACAACCUUUAAUAUUACUAAUUUAACUGUCAGACCAGAGGAAAAUGCUACAACCACUGCAUCCACUACAACAAGCCAGCAAACAGUUACAGAAAACUCCCAGGUUACGAACAGCCCCCAGGCUACAACACUCUCAACAACUCUAUUGCAAGCUGUUACCUCUUCACAACAAACGCUAAUCCAAACUACAACAGAUGCACAGUCAACAAUAAUUACAACAGCAUCUACGUUCUCAACAAUUUCGCAAAUGAUACCAACUCUAGCUACAGCUAUAUCUACAACUGCAAUCCCAACCACAACAACACUGCGACCUGCAUCAACUACUAUCCAGCCAACAUCAAACACUGCAACAGUAAUUACCACCCAACAGACAGCGUCAACCCCUUUACAACCACAGUCGACAAUAACAACUCAGUUGACGACAACAUCCCAACCUAUCAGUACUAUUCAAACUACAACUGUAUCUGCCAGUGUAUCUACAAGCCAAAGUCUACCUGCAACUACUACAAUUCAAACCACCCCUUUACUUAAAGCAACACCACCGAUAGCACCUACAGUCACAAGCAGUGAAACGACCACCACCGCUACAAUAGCUACAACUACAACACCACCACCAACAACAACCUCUACAACCACCACAACAACUACAACAACAACUACGACAACAACUACAACAACCAAAACAACACCGACAACAACACCGACAACCACCACCACAACAAAAGCAACUUCUGUGGUUACAACUACAACAGCAUUACCAACACGUCCUCCACCAAUUGUAGCCAUAGAGAUGGUCAUUUUAAUAGUAUUCACUUCAGAUCUGGAAGACGCAACAACUCCAGCAUUUCAAAUCUUGGCAAAACUAGUUGAGCAAGAGUGUGACAAAGUAUAUAGAAUGAAGUAUGGAGCUCUUUUCCUCAGGGUUAUCGUGCUUGCUUUCAGAGCUGUGAACAAAAUAAGGGCAGUAGAACAAAAUGUACUGGUGGACCUAGAAAUAGUGUUUAACCAGAACUCCACUGAACAGAUUCCCGACAACAAUGACAUUGUGCAGACUCUAAAAGAUGCAGCGGUAAAUCCGACCUCAGGGUUCAACCUCAGCGUGGAUGUCGGCACUAUUAUGGUUAUCAAAUCGCUGCAGAUCAUUCCAGUGAUAAUCCUGACCAAUGGAACCUUUACGGCUGCACUUUCAAAUAAGACUAAGACCGAUUUUCAGACCAGGGCAAUGAUGAUAAAAACUGGGCUUGAGCCCUUUUUCUUCUACGACUACCCAGUGUCAUUCAGCACCAUAUCUUUAACAAACUUCAGUGAUGCCGGUGUGAAAUCAAAGAUUGUGCCGUCGAUCAGGAACAGCAUGGAUUUAGCAUUCUCAGCCGGCACAAUUCUGCCCAAUGACACCCAGAUAGUGAACACUAUAGUCCGAGCAGCCAGAAACAACACGCUACCCUUCGAGAUCUACACUUAUUCAAUAAUAGUAAAUAACACAGCGUAUUCAUCAGGAGAAGUCAGCAGUAAGAUCAGUGUGUUGACCGCUUUACUCCUGAUGGCAGCGUCUCUUCUGCUACCCCGGAUUAUUUGAUCAUAACUACUGCACAUAUGAUCAAUAUGAACGAUUGAGACACAAACGAAUGUAUUUUCCACAUCUACUCAAGUGAAGGACUCUCACAGUCAAAACAAACUAUAGACUAGAUCUUGAAUCAACGGAGCAGCACAUGCAUUUUCAGCUCAAGUUCUGGAUAAACCCUGACAGUCUUUCUCUAAUUUAUUAAUCUGAACUAUAGAGUCUUUGGGUUUUGUUUCCGAUCGAUGUUAUCUGCAAAGAGCCUUUUUUUUCUCUAUAUUUAUCAAUGUAUUGUUUGUUCAUAUGCACUUUCCUUGGAUGUGGUUU